CUGUGUGCAGGUGUUUGUACGAAUUUAAUUUAACGAGUUAAUGGUGGAUGGGACGGACGGAAAUCUGAGUAUAGGUGCGAAAAAAGACAACAUCGUUGGAAAAAGAAAUUAUCAACCCUCUUAUGGAGAUUACGGGGUUGGUCUGCCACAAGCCUUUUCAGCAUCUAACAUCUUGAAGAACUUAAAUUUGAAGGAUUGGGAUUCACAGAAUGGUUCACAAAUAGCUACAGAAUUGUGUGGAUUUGUAACCAUUUUGUCUGGGACGUUUCUGCUUAACAAAACAAAGGACAUGGGAAGUACUCCAACAGCACCAGCAGUACCUGUAACUGAACUUGUUAGGCAAUAUAGCAGCAAUUGCAUUCAUAAAAGUUCAAAGCAUUCUAACCUCCAUGGUAGCCCAGAACGCAAUUGCAGAGAAUAAGCUCAAUUUUUAGAGAUCCAACAAAUAUUUUUGCCGGUUAGAUGAUAUCUUGUCUCUUGGUGCACAAAGUUUGGGCUUGAAAUGUUCAUCACAAAUACAGAAUGGCCAAUUUUUUUUAGCAGAAGUGCAGACAAAUUUCUGAUUAAAGGGUGGACAAAUUCCUGACCUUUUUCUGAAGAAAUUUAUUCAUCGGAAAAUGCGGAUGAGGUUAGAGACAUGUGGGUCGAGUAUUUGCUCAAGCAAGAAGCGGAUGAAGAAAACAAAGUUGAUGGUAUGGAAAUAACUCCAUGAGUUUUGGUUCCAAUUGUUGAUAAGUUGUGAAUUAUUAUAUUUUGGAACUGGUUUUUGUUUUACGUUUUUUGAAAUUGCGAUAUAAAGCUUAGACGUUUAUGCAAAUUACAAUUAAUGUAAAGCUUUUGCGUUUUGAGCAUUACU